AUGGUCGCAUAUGGCAUUGGACCCACUUUCAGAGCGGACAUUGCCGUGGACCUCGCUCCCCAACCCGCCGCAGCGGACAUUGCCGUGGACCCCGCUCCUCAACCGGCCGCAGCGGACAUUGCCGUGGACCCCGCUCCCCAACCCGCCGCAGCGGACAUUGCCGUGGACCCCGCUCCCCAACCCGCCGCAGCGGACAUUGCCGUGGACCCCGCUCCCCAACCCGCCGCAGCGGACAUUGCCGUGGACCCCGCUCCCCAACCCGCCGCAGCGGACAUUGCCGUGGACCCCGCUCCCCAACCCGCCGCAGCGGACAUUGCCGUGGACCCCGCUCCCCAACCCGCCGCAGCGGACAUUGCCGUGGACCCCGCUCCCCAACCCGCCGCAGCGGACAUUGCCGUGGACCCCGCUCCUCAACCCGCCGCAGCGGACAUUGCCGUGGACCCCGCUCCCCAACCCGCCAUCCUAGGAAGAACAGUCUGCUCCAGUCCAAACAAGCAGCAAUUUCCAGAAAUCAAACAGUCUGCUUCAGCCCAAACAAGCAGCAAUUCCCAGCCAAAUCAAACAGUCUGCCUCAGCCCCACAAAGCCGCAUGCCCCAGCCAAAUCAAACAGUCUCAUCUUGCCCGAACAAGCAGCAAUUCCGAGCCAAAUCAAACAGUCUGCUCCAGCCCAAACACACAGCAUAUUUCAGCCAAAUCAAACAGUCUGCUCCAGCCCAAACAAGCAGCCAUACCCAGCCAAAUCAAACAGUCUGCUCCAGCCCAAGUAUAUUUUCCUGCAGCCGCCCAGCAGCAUAUUUCCACCAAGCCAGCAACAUGGAAAUUAA